UCUGAACUGCUCCAGGGAAGAAAAAUAAUCACAGCUGAGGCUAACAAUCACAUUAUUGGUGACACAAAUAUUUCUGUGAAACUGACACAUUUUAUGAACUGUACAAGGCACACAUCUCUACCAGUCUACUGGGGAAAGAGUUUAAAUUAACCUACAGGGGAUUACACUGAGAUGAGAAAUACUAAUCUACAGGAAAAUUAAAUGUAAACUCUUUUAGUUAAUUCAUGGAAAUUAGAAAAAAAUCCUUUAACUUUGUUAGUUGGAAAACGAAAGUAUGACUAUAUAUCAUUUUUCAGAAAGGAGCAAAUGUAUACACCAUCUCAGUCUGCACAUUUUAAAUAAAGUGUAACCUUCUCGCAGAUGGGGCUCAGCUUCUGUUAAUUUUCAGGGAUGUUUCAUUUUCUGUUCAUUUUCACACCUCCCCAAAGAAUCUCUGCCCUAAUUGCUGCUCUCUUCCUCAAAAUACACAGGACAAUUUUUCCCCCCAAGUUGCUUGUGUAUUGGCCUAGUGGAUAUAGCCCACGACUGGGACUCCAGUUCUGCCACAGGCCCGCUGGGUGAACCUCAGCAAGUCAGUGCCCCCCUCUGUGCCUCAGUUUCCUCAAUUGUAAAAUGAGAAUACUGACCUUUUAAAACACUCAGAUCUACUCAUGUAAAGUAUUAUAAAAGUGAAGUAUUAUUAUUUUAUUAUUAAAAAGGGGUAAAAACACUUUCCAAAAUAUAGUUACCUGAAUGUGGAAAAAUGCAGCAUUUUUGGAAAUGCAGCUCUAUCCUUUUGUUAACCAAUUAUUUUUUGUACUUGAACCCUAGAACUCUUAUUUUGGUUGUAAACCCCUUUUUUCCUGGCCAAAUUCCAGUCUGUGAGCCAGAUUCCAUCACCCAUACUGUCAGUGAGCUUAGUUCAUGAGUUAUCUUGUUGAAAAUCACUGAAUAUGGAUUUACUUACUAAUAUAGUAAGAUACUACUCCGAGGAGGGGUGGCAGAAUCUGGCCCUGGGGAAUGACAUCCUGCAAGCCUAUAUGCCUCUGCACUUUCACUGGGAUAAUGUUUUCUUUACUUCUUGUCCUAAAUUGUUGCUCUGCACUCUUAAAUAACUGACAGUUUCACCCUACAGCUAGCUGCAUUUCAGCAAAGUUUUCUAGUUAGGGCCUACUCACAUGAGAGUGAUGGGGAAGAUUUGCAAAGAGCUUUGACAUCCCUUAGGUUGAAAGGUGCUAUAUUAUUUAUAGUCCUAUUUUAUUAAUAUUCAAUAAAAAGGCUCUCCACAUACCAUAAGGAGAGCAACUGCAACGUGGGUGCAGCAAAGUACUGAGGAAAAAGGCAUUAGCAUCUGAUAAUCUAAACCAGAUGUGGCUUUUCCUUUAGGCCCAGCAGUCAUGUGUACGCUACUGGGUUUAUGGAAGCAAAAAGCUAUUUUUACCAUGACACAGAAAAGGAACAUUAGUCUACUAAUCACUAUUUGCAGUACUAUCCCUUUAAGCGUGGGGCAGGUCUCUAGUGCACACAUGCACAUGUAUCUCUCUCCAUUCUAGCUGAAGUCUUGAAAUCUACACCAUUGUUUUUGAAGGCUUAAAAGUUUUGUUGCUGCUACAGCCCAUAUUGGAUCUGGUAAUGACCAAGUUGUCUUUGCUCUUUUCUGAGUGAAAACAACGCUUUAAGGCCAAGAGUUUCAAAAAUAGGAUCUUCAAGUUCAGCUCCUAAAUCCACAUUCAGGUUCCUGAGUAAGAGGCCUGAUUUUCAAAACAUUGGAGCACCAGCAUGCCCCAGUGACUUCAUGCCUGAGUUCCUCAGGAGGAGGAAGUCAGCAUGACUAUUUUCCAAGCUUUUGGACAAUAGGAUUGUAAGGUCAGAGGUAAUUCUGCUAGUCAUCCAGUUGUUUUAAAUUAAUUUCCUUAGGACAAUCAUUUGGUUAAAAGACUAUGAAAUGCAACUCUGAUGAAACAUGGGAAAUAGAAUUUUUUUACAUUCAUAAUUCAUGCUGCAAACCCAGAGGUGCCGGGGCUCAGCCCUGGCCCAAAUUAAGUACUGGAUUUCAUACGUGUAGUGGAUGAACAUAAAAAACUCCAGCAGAGGAGCAAUGAAAUGCCCUUGCAACAAUUCAUUAAAGCUAUGGAAGAGGAGACCGAUCUAGAGGUCAGAGCAGGGAUCAACAAUCAGGAAGAUUCCUAGAUAUUAUUCCAGGUUAAGAAAUCUCUCUUUACUCACCUGAAAAUGGGAGAGGCAAUAUCGUCCAGUAUUGUUCCCUUGACUGGAACUCAGGAAAUCAGGGUUAUGUUCCAGGCUCUGCCAUUGACCUUCUGAGUGACCUUCGGACUGAAAGCUCUGUGGGGCAGUGAAUAUCUCUGAUACGUUUUUGUACACUGUCUAGCACAAUGAGGCUGGGGUCUCUAGGUGCUACUGCAAUACAAAUAAAAAUAAAUCACUUCACCUAUCUGUGUCUCCUCUGACCCCUUAUCUGUCUAGUCUAGGCUGUGAGCUCUUAGGGGUAGGAACUCCCUCCCACUGUUUAUAUAGUGCCUAGCACAAUGGGGCCCUGAUCUUCUUUGGGGCUUUGAGAUGCUACUGUAAUACACAGCAUAUUGUAUUAUUAUCUACUGAGCAGAUGGAUGUGAGAUUUAAUGACUUCAUGUUUGUAAAGUGAUGUGACACCAGCUCAACCACUUCCCUUUUGCCCUAACUGCAUAGCAGCACUUUUACCUCACCUCAUAUGGGGGCUUUUUAUUUUAAUCCCGCAGGUUCAUGUGAUCCUGUCUUGGUCAAUAAAAUUGUGUUUGAUCAUUCAAGGGUGCAAAAUAGACUGUAUAUGCACAGUGCAUUCCUACACUCUAACCCCACCACGGUAAAUGAUACUUUGAUCGAAUGGAUUAUGUCUGUCACAUGUAAAAUCGAAUGGAUAUGUGUUAGACAGAUGAUCAUCUAUGGGAGUAUUGUUCCUUUGGCUGUUAACUGAAACACUCAUGUACGUGCAUGAGUCGCUUUCUUCAACACAGUCACUUCCUGUUGGUAAUGAAUCUAUGGCAACCAGCUUAGUAACUGGAAACACUAGCAACAAACGACUUUUCACAUCAAACAGGCAAAAGGGCAGGAUUUCUGAAGUCAGGCCAAGUGUGGGAUGACAAGAUUGGGCACUCUCAAUAUCUGGUAACUGCUUAUGAGGGAAUGGAGAAUCCAGGGAGAUCCUUGUUUACAGAGCACAAGUACUGCAGAGCAAUGACAGCACUAGAUAAACUCUCAUGCAGCAACUUCCUAACUAAUAUCGAUCCCUUCUCUAGUGGCUCUUUCAUAGUCCAUCCUACUUGGGUUACCAGACCUUUCAUCCCCCAAAGGUACUCAUGGAUCGGCCACUGUCCCCAUUUCCCUGACACCGCAUAUAAGCAUAUGAAGGUGUGGGAAAAAUCAGUGGACAUUGCUCAUGUUCCUGUUCUAGCAAGAAGGGAAUCUGAUGGGUUUUAUUAUCUUGGUACAAUAAAACAGGAAAUAGAGGGCGAGAGAGGAACUUUCCUGGUAGAGUUCGACAAACCACCUGCAUCAGGUGACAAGUACUCGGUAUGUGUGCAAAAAACAUCCAGGGAUGACAUCCUUGAAUAUGUCAAUGGAAUGAGGCACUCCAUACUCCCUGGAGACAAAGUGCUGGCACCCUGGGAACCAGAUCUGGUCAGAUACGGCCCUGGAACCAUCCUACUGGGCAUUGAAACACGGGAUUCCCUGAGAGCUUCAGAGGAUGAAGAAAUCCUGGUCUAUUUUUGGAAUGACAAGAAAGUGAAAGUACCACUAGGUGUGGCCUUAUGGAUUCCACCAGACACGUGGGAAAGGAUAGUAGAGAUGAUUCACAUGCCCUUCACCAGCAGAUUAAAGUUUAUGAACUCCCCCACCACCACUAGCUCUUACACUUCUACUUGCAGAUGUCUAAGAGCCCCCAUCCAUUCAUGUGCUUUAGAUGAUGGGCUGAGUAAGUACAGGUGGCCGUGGCCAUGCCCAUUAACCUGCCCCCCUUUCCAUGGUCACUGUCACAGUAUAUGCUGUUCACCAGUCCAUGUGGGAUGCAUCUGCUGCUCCCAUCCCAAAUUCAAUGCCUGGUGGCCUCUACUAUCCACAUCUUUGCUCCCUCAAAGAAGCACUAAACAGCAAGAGUCCAAUAACAAGCCUACUGCACAACUUCUAGAAUUGGAAAGUCCAAAGGAAAAUGAACCAGCAGCAGCUACUGCUUCUGCUUCUUCCUCCUCCUCAUCCUCUGAUUUAGAAAGUGAGGAGGAGACGUGCCUAACGAAGAGCACGGUAGUGGAUAGUGCUGUUAAUACAGAUUCCAGCCUUUUCAAAAAACCCAAACUGAAAGAUGCUGCAAGACCUGAGUGGAAGUAUUGGAAGAGAAGCCACGCCAAGUCACAUCCUAGGAAUCCAGGAAUCAGCAUUCCCAGCAGCAAGUGUACAAAGGGGAAAGCAGAAUCCAGAACCACUUUCUCCUUGGACAUGUACCCUAUUGCACCAACCAACCAGAGUGCAAUGUUUGAAACUAUUGAACAGUCUCCGAGAAGACAUCUCACACUGAAAGAUGUCUUAAUCCACCAUGAUUUCAAGCCAUCACUGGAGCCACAGGCCCCUCCUUUUUUAGAGAAACUUGGAGAAAAUCAAAUAGAACGUGAACGCCAGAGAAAAGCCUGCAUGGAGCAAAAAAGGAAGAAAAAAUUCCAACAACAGAAGUGGGAGUGUGAAAGAGAACAGCAGGCUGAAGAGAAGUACUACACUGCACAGGAACACCGGAGAACAAUGCUUAACUCACUGGGGUUUUUCUUCUCCAGGAACAAGAAGCUGCAGCAUUUUGAGAAUGAAGAUAAGAAGGUAAAAGAACAAGACAGAAAGCAGAAUCAGACAAUGAAAACAAAGCAAGUUACACAGCAGAGGACAAACCUGAAGAUGCAGACUAUGGCAGAGGAGGACAGGCAGAAAGGACAGCAAAGACUAGCUCAUCUGCAACAAGUCAGAGAGACACAUGAUCAGAGGGAAUUUAAUAAGUGUAUAGCUGAAGAAAUUAAAGAGAAACAAUCUCAGGAAGCCCGAAGGAGAAGAGUGGAAACCAAGUACAAGUUAAUGGCAGAAAAGAUCUUUCAAGAUGAAAAACAGAAGGGACAGUAACCAGACAGCACAGAACAAAGGAGAUACAAACAACAAAUAUUUAUGUAGAAUCCCAACCCCUGUUAUGGCUACCAUAUUUAAAGCUUCCCCCAAAUAAAGUCUAUUGGAACCUUA